GGAGAUCGUACAGCACUGUCCUCUACAAUCAUCAUGACUAUCUUGACUUCAGCAAGUGGAAAAACACAAGAAGUGACUGUCAAGAGGACAGAAUCUUUCGAUGUUCAUGGUAUUUCUGAGCUCAAAACAUCAUCCACACAAAACAUAUUUGGAAAUGUGAAUAUCAUAUAUUUACUGGAAAAAUCCAGUCUGGCAGUGACUAUCAGUAAUGAGCAGAACAGUGUCAUAGCUCAUGCGGCUUUCUUGGAUUAUCCAAGCUGGAAUGUGGUGGACCAAUCAGAGUGGGAAGAAUGGAUACAUAGACACUAUGCUAAGAGCAGGGACUGCACACCGCUGAACACAUUGUUUUUGCACCUUUUUGUGGCCGAGGAGGAAUUUUCACUACAAAGCAUGCAAGAGAUCCUCAGAUCUGUGUUUAAUGCCGUUGCAGAUUUGCACUUCAUUUGUCUUGUCGUACCGAGUAACAUUACACUAUCUAGUGAAUUAGCAGCUACGUUUGAGCGUAUGAUGACAAUAGUUGAGACGGAAAUUACGGAAGAAUAUGCAGUGUACAUAUGUCACAGACACAAACACUGUCCCCAGCUUUUCAUCAGGGAAGCCAGGGUAGAAGAUCAUGAUGACCUGAUGCCAAUCUUCAUACGUCACAAUGAUACCUUAGAAGCUACCUAUGGAGAAUAUUUCCUUGCAGAAUUAAUCAAAGCUCAAGAUGAACAAAACCGUGCUGUCAUCUGUGAGGAUCAAGGAACUGCUGUGGGUUUUAUGAGUGUGAGUUGUGAGGUCAACGUCCAGUUGCUGCAAGAUUCCUUUGACCUGGGACCUUUCCAUGGUCUCUGCAAGCCACACCCCGACGAUGUUCUUCAGGAAAAGGAGGAAACAGCCGCAGAGAACGAAGAUGUAAUAAUAAGCAGACAAGCAAGUCAAAGGUCAGGAUCCAAAUUAUCGCAGCUGUCAGACGUCAUCAGUGUUCACGAGACAGAUGAGAAGGUGGUUUUAAAUCAAGAUGAUAUAAUCACCUCUGCAAAUGAAAACAACACAUCGGAAAUUACAGAGGCACAAUCUGAUCUAGAUCAAAGCCAAACACAUAACAGAGCAUCUUCCACAGAUGAUGCCAUCAGAGGUGUGAAUUGCAAGACCCCAGAGACACCAAGGACAGAAGCACAGAGCCAGCCUUUCCGGCCUAUCUACAGGGGAGACGUCUCUGCCUUCUGUAUACAGCUCUUCUGCAUUGAUGAAAAGCAUGAAACGAGGUCUAUUGACUUUUUGAGUCAUGUUUUCAGCCUUUUUCCUGAUAAAGACUUUUGCAUCAUUACGGUUCCUCACCUGACCCCUGAAUUUCCUCUGCUGCAAAGCUUUGUGCGCGCUGUCCCUCUGAGUACGUGCACCUUGCCUCAGGAGCUUUAUAUUUUCCACCGUGCCGGCUUGAUCAACUUCUUACAGGUGAGGGCGGCAAAGUCCAGUGACGUGCCAGCUGUCGGAAAGCUCAUAGGAACUCUGCACCUCCAUGAAAGCAUUUUGGAUGACCUGAAAAUCUACAAUGAUGCACGGAGAGAUGUUGAUGGAACACCUGUUCAGGCAUUUGUUGCUGAAGUUGCUGACCAGAUUGUUGGCAUUUCAAUAUUAAGAAAUGAAGAGGACAUAGAAUAUAUUCGCUCACAUUACAACAUUGAAGAUUUUAUCUACUACAACCAUCAUCAGCGGGAUGAGCAUGGACAUCUUCACCAUUAUGCUUUGAAUCCAAUAUUUAAACACUACAGCAAGUAUUUCCUGAAAGAGAUUCUGCGGUUAUCACACAAAUCAUCCCUCUACUACCCUAUCUACCCACCAUAUGAUAAAAGUCAGUUUAAGAAUCCCUGUGCCCAUUCACUGACAUCUGCCCUUCAUUACAUGGUUCCCGUGCGACCAAGACGACAGACUGUCUAUCCUCUGGAAAAGCUUGGCAUAAAUGCUCCAUCAAAGCAGGUCUCCAAGGAUCAGCCUGGUUAUGCUUUAUACCAUUUCAACCGAAAGCUUACCUUUGAGCCAAAAAUGACAAUCAAUGCCCGCAUUGUGGUGGUGGGAGCUUCUGAUGUUGGAAUAUCUUUUUUGGAAACACUUGUUUUUUGCCCACAUCUCAAGUUCAACAAUAUCACUCUAAUUUCAACACAUGGUCUUCCUGGGAACAACCCCCCUACUACAUGUAUGGACAAAGCAUUCUUAUCCAGCAGCCACUGUUAUAAUGAUAAAGAUUACGCACUGAUGUCACUUCGAUCCUGGGUUAAUGUUGUGGUUGGUAAAAUGACUGGCAUAGACAGAGCUGCCAAGUUUGUGAUUGUUUCCAACGACAGAAAAGUGCCUUAUGACCAUCUCAUUCUUUGUACUGGGCAACAAUACCAGAUACCUUGUCCCAGUGGAGCAGAUAUAAACCAGCUAUUGACAAACCACGAAGCACCAGAUUGCUCCAAGCAAAGGUACACAGACAAAAUUCCUUCAAACCUGUUUACUCUGCAAGAUGAGGAGGACUGUUUUAAGGCAAUAAAUUGGUUGAAAGACAACGUAGUCAAGCAAGAUGGGAAUGUGAUUGUAUAUGGGAAUACACUUGAUUCAUACACAACAGUUGCCACUCUUUUGUCAAUAGGAAUUAGCGGCUUUCGCAUCCAUUUAGUACAGCCGCCACUAACAUCGAACAUCACUUGCUUAAACAACCACGCAAUAGAAGAAACUGUGCAGAAAGCCUUGAUGGCAGCUGGUGUGACUACCUACUACAACUGCAAGCUGGCACAGUGGAAUGACGGGGCUGAUCCUGACCCUAUACAUUCUGCUUCAUUCACUACUGACACCAAACCACUCAGGCUACAGUGUUCUGUGACAUUUAAUUUUUUCCAGAAGGGAGUAGACUAUCAGGCCUUUAAAGCAAUAAACGAUGCAUGUCUGAUAUAUGACAGAAGGCUAGUCAUUGAUUCCACAUUCCACACAAAUGACAUAUCUAUAAGGGCAGCAGGACCACUGACCAAGUACUCCAAUAGGUAUCAUGCAAACGAAUGGUCUCAUACUUACUUCAGCUCAAGGGAAAUUGGCUCUCAGCUCGCUGCUAGUAUGCUGCCUCUCUUCGACCCGACACUGGAACCAGUGAGUGAGCUCCCACAAGAACAAGACAGGCUCAUCCCAAUUUACAAAGGCUCUGUCAUUCAAGGUGGAAUUUUACCUGGAGGUUAUCACUAUUUACAUGUGAGCAAGCCUGCACUUCCUUGUCCAUUACAAGCCCAGAUGCUGCAUCCUAACUAUGGACAAGAAUUAGUAACAGGAAAGGCAGCGAACGGUGAUUACUUCCGGCUGCACAUCAAUCAGUACAAUAUGGUGGAAACCAUAACAUGCCUGUCUUUUAAACCUUUCCCUUCAUCCAAUUUUAUAUGUUUGUAUGGACAGCAUGAACGACUGCUGAAUAGCCUAUGUUCUAGAUUUCAAGAAGAACUCAUCAAAGACUUCUACAGCUACUUCAUGGAAGUGUGGUGCAUGGCCAGCUACCACGAUCGGUUUAUUGAUUUCCAGCAAGAGGUGCGUGAAAUCCUGACAUCGAAGAAAGUCCAUGACCAACUAUCUAUGAAGCAACUAGUCCAGAAAGUCACAGAAGAUGAACUGAACCUGGCAGAAACCCCACAAAAAUAUCUGAAGCGCAUUCUUCAACAAAACGGAUAUCAAAAGGACAUCGAGAAAAAAGUGCUGAGCUACCUUAAUUACAACAGUAACCACCUGUCCAUGUUUGCAAGGCCUGGGAUUGUUUAGUCUUCUGCUUCUGAGCAAACAAGAGUCUUCGGACUGUAUCCACAAUGGUCUAAUAAAUGAUUUAUUACCAGGCAUUCUACAGGGUGUCCUGCGGGGGGCAGUACUGCCCAUUCCUCCUUACCCAA